CUUGGCGAUUUCACAAUUUUAGGUCUCUGACAGAAGUGAUUAUGGCCUAGCGUUUAUGAACUGGUCAACUGUACGCAAUGGAUGACAGUAGAACAAUUGUCGUUUUAAAUCCUCCAUCAGGAGUAAGUGAAGAUGAAUUCACGAUUCACUUUCAGAAGAAAAAGAAUGGUGGAGGUGACGUUGAUGAGGUUAAAGUGGAGAAAGGUGUUGCUUUUGUAAUCUUCGACUCUUUGGAAGAUGCUGUAAAAGUCUUAAAUCAUCCUGAAAAACAAAUAAUUAAGGGUUGUGAACUUGAUGUUCGGUCAUACAGUUCAUGGUUGAAAACUACUCAGGAAAGUGAAAACAGUGCCUCAUGCAACAAUGACGACGUUGAUUCAGUUUCAACAGAAGAUGAUAAACAGAAAGCCACGAUCUAUGUCAGCGGUCUUAAAGAGUCCUGCACUGAGGAAUUGAUCACGUUAUUGUUUGAAAAUGAAAAAAAGUGUGGUGGAGGCUAUCUUCGUGAUGGGAAAGAAGGAUUUGAGCGAUUGUCACCAACCGUCGCUCGUUUAACUUACGUUUCCCCAAAAGACGCUGAAAAUGUGCUGAAAAGGGCCAAAGAAAAGCUCCUUGUACUCAAUGGGUGUUCUGUACAAGUUACCGCUGACUAUAUACCCACCGAGGAUCGAAGUAUAUUGAUGGUCACAAAUCUCAGUCCUGAUACAAACGUGGAAACGUUGAAGAACUUCGUUGAAAUAAAGAAACAAACCGAUGUGAUUAAAAUCGUUCUUGGAAAACAUGGAAAAGCUGUUAUCAUACUUCAAGAAGAGAUUAAAGGUGAUUCCAAGGAAGAAAACAAUUCCAAAAAUCUAAAAUUAGGAGAACGUCUGGUGUCUUUGAAAUUUGCUCCACUGAGCACGGGGAUAAGUGUCAAGAAAAUACCAAAAAAUGCCAAAAGCGAAGAUGUCGAAUAUAAAUUUUCUAAUCCUAAAACUGGUGGAGGUGAAGUCAUCAAUAUGGAGUUUGACAAAAAUAACGGAAUUGCCAAACUUUUUUUUAAAAGUUCGUCAGUUGUUUCAAACUUGGUGAAGAAAGACCAUGACAUCAUGGAGACACGUUUAACGGUGAUCCCGAUGUAUGAAGAUUUUGAAGAAUUGGACGAACCUGAAAACAAAAUAACAGAAUUUCAUGGCGACAUCCCUUGUGAAAGCGACGUUGUUGACUAUAUCAGGCGUCAUCACAAUAUGUCUCAGUUUGAUUUAAAGUCAGUGACAUACGAUGAAACCAUGUCGACUUUUCAUUUUACAAAGGAUGUUGAAGGUCCUAAGGAUGGAGAAGAUCUAAGUAAAAGAUUAAAAGUAUACGUUAAUUCUUUUGGAAAGGAAACGUUGGUAAUUCCCACAAUUGUUUUUGAUCAAGUAAAGCUGAAGGUUCUUGAAAACAAAGUUGACUCAGAAAUCGAGAUAAGAUUUGAGAAGCCAAACGUUGUUCUUUUUGGACUCAAGGAAAAAAUCACGAUGAAAAAGAAAGACAUCGAAAAAUUGGUCGAUGAGCUCACAUCUGCCGCCAGGACGGAAUCCGUUAAAAUUACGGCAGAAGAUGAUGAAGACAAACCCACAAUUUAUGUUAGUGGUUUUAAAGAGUCCUGCACCAAAGACUCAAUUACACUAUUUUUUGAAAACAAACGAAGAUGUGGUGGAGGUGAACUUCGUGAGGGAAAAAAAGGAUUUACGCGAUUGUCUCCAACCGUAGCUCGGUUGACUUACGUUUCCUCAGAAGACGCUGAAAACGUGUUGAAAAAGGCCAAAGAAACACCUCUUGUACACGAAGGGAGUCCGCUUCAAGUUACCGCUGACUACGUACCCACCGAGGACCGAAGUAUAUUGAUGGUCACAAAUCUCAGUCCUGAUAUCAGCAUGGAGACAUUGAAGGAUUUUGUUGAAUCAAAGAAGAAUACAGAUGUCUUAAAGAUUUUUCUUGGAAAACACGGAAAAGCUGUUGUUAUCCUUGAAGAGGAAAUGAAAGAUAAAGAUGAUUAUAAAGAAAAAAACAGCUCCAAAAAUUUGACACUGGGAGGGCGUUUAGUGUCUUUCAAAUUUGCUCCAUUGACCAAGGGGAUAAAGGUGAAGAAAAUACCAAAAAAUGCCAAUAGUGAGGAUGUCAAGUAUAAAUUUUCUAAUCGAAAAACUGGUGGAGAUGAAGUCACUAAUAUGGAGUUUGACCAAAACAACGGAAUUGCGAAAAUUUUUUUGAUAAGUUCAUCAGCUGUUUCAAACUUGGUGAAGAAAGAUCAUGUCAUUAAGGACACGUCUUUAACUGUACUACCAUUAUAUGAAGAUUUUGAAGAAUUGGACAAACCUGAAAAUAAAAUAACAGAAUUUCAUGGCGACAUCUAUGGUGACAGUGACGUCAUCAACCAUGUACUGCUUCAUGACAAUUUGUUACAGUUUGAUUUAAAGUCAAUGAAAUACGAUGAAACCAAGUCGACUGUUCAUUUUACAAAGGAUGUUGAAGAUCCCAAAGAUGGAGAACAUCUUACUACAAGGUUGAAAAUAUUUGUCGAUUCAUUUGGAAAGGAAACUUUAACGAUUCCUACAUUUGUAUAUGAUCAAGUAAAGCAAGAUGUUCUUGAAAAUAGAAAUGAAUCUGAAAUCGAGGUUAAGUUUGAAAACUCCGGCAUUGUUCUUAUCGGACGCAAAAUCGAUGUCAAAACAAAAAAGAAAGAUAUUCAAAAACUGGUUGAUAAACUCACAGCUGCCGCCAAGAAGGAUUCCCUUGAUAUUGAGAUAAAAGAUAAAGAGAAGUUUCAUUUUUUCAUUGCCAUUGGAUAUUUCAAAGAUCUCUUGAUCGAGUUUCCAGGUGUGGAAAUUCCUGGUAUUGAAGGGAGUACCGGAGGUAAAUUGACUGUUCUUGGGACAGCUGAAAGCGUGAAAAACAUGAAGUUGAGAGUUUUUGAGGAUCUUGAUAAAAUACACGUUAUUAAAAUCGAGAUGAGUGAUCGUCAAAUUGAUUUCUUAAAACGCACAGAAUGUAAGAUAGCCAACGAAGUAUUAAAGAAAGACAAGAUAAUGUUGAUUCUUAAAGAGGUUGAAGGCCAUGUUGGCGCUAAAGGUUUCCAGCCUCAGUUGAUGUUCUUGAAGGAGCCUGGUAACGUCGAGGAAGAACGAGUUGUUGAAAUCAUAAAAUCGAAAACGUCAGAAAAGUUAGUAAAGAUUGAUGAAGAAACUGGAAAAUUUUUGGCAAAGUCCGACCAUUUAUUGACGUUUACAAAAGACCAAUUGAAUAAAAACAAGGUUUUGAUAUGCACUGAACUCGCGAAUCCAGAUAACAUCUGGAUUAUUUGUGAGGAAUCUAAGAUGAAGGAUGCCGAACAAGAUUUGAGAAAUUUAAUUGCCGAAAAAAAAAUUGAAGACGGCGUUUUUAAACCAGUGAUAUCCGCAAAAGUUCGUUUCCUACAAGAACAUCGUUGGGACAAAAUCAUGAGCAAAAUGCAGGAAUUGAAAAAUGAAGGAGUUGAUGUUGAAAAAACUGCCGAUGAAAAUUCACUUCGAGUGAAGGGAACUCCAAAAGGAAAAAAGAAAAUGAUAGAAUAUCUUGAUAAGAAAGCAGGGGGAAUUAAUUCAAAGACCUUCCCGCUUUCCAAACCGGGAAUGAAGAAACAAAUGAGUUUGGAUGCAACAAAUGCCAUCAUUAGUGGAAUUGAAAAAAAUCAUAACUGUGUGAUUGAGAAAAUUAUGGCUCACGAUCUAGACGAAGCCAAAGAUGAUUUCGCUGUUGCUGAGGAUGAUCAUAAGCCGGAUGGGAAAUCAGCAAUGAAUCUUCCAUUCGAUUCUAUGUCUUACGUUAAUGAUAAAGUUGUAAAAAUGACUUCCGGUCAAAGAAUCACCAUAGCUGUUGGUGACAUUGCAAAAGAAAAGGUUGAUGUUAUUGUCAAUAGUACAAAUGAAAAAAUGGAUUUGAAUGCGAAUCCUGUUGGAAAGGCUUUACUUAAAGUUGCCGGGAACGACUUUUUGGAGGAAUGCAAGAAAAUUGGUGAAAUUAAAGUUGGAGGUGUUGUGGUAACUGGAGGUGGAAAACUCAACUGUAAAAGUGUUUAUCAUGUUCGUUUAUCUGAAUGGCAACAGGCCAAUGGAGCCAAGGUUCUCAGGUCUAUAGUAAAGAAUUGUGUCACGAAAAGCGAAAGCCAAAACUUCCAUUCGAUUGCAUUUCCCGCCAUUGGAACUGGAAAUUUGAAAUUCCCACGGUCGGAGGUUGUUAAAAUCUUUUUUGAAGAAGUCACUUCUUAUUUUACUGUGAAUCCUCAAUCGAAAGUUAAUAAUGUUCGAUUCGUGGCGUACGGUGGAGAUAAAGAAACCGUUGAUGCAUUCUUAGGUGCUGUGGAAGAGAUGAAGCCUAUUUUAUCAGCAACUAAAAGAAAUAUUCCAUCACACGAUCUGGGCUUUCCUGGCCAAUCACAAUCUGCAUUUGUACAAUCCUUUACACCAAGUAGCGCAACAACAAGUGAAAACCCAGACGGUAGCCUAGAGGUAAAGUUUCCAAAACAAACACCUCGAGUUGAAAUCGUCUGCGCUGACAUCAGCCAAGAAACCACUCAAUUGAUAAUGCACGUGACUAAUGAAAACUUCUCGUUGCAAGGGGGGGUCGCCAAGGCUUUGGUCAAAGCUGGUGGUGAUAAAAUCGAAGAGGAAUGCAAAGCCCUUGGAACAGCCCCUCUGUUUUCAACACAGUAUACUGGUGCUGGAAAGUUGUUAGUUAAUCAAAUUGCUCAUGUCAUAGGCCCCGGGAAACCCAGCUAUCAAGAUCUGAAGAAAUGUCUCGACAAUUUUUCGAUGAUUUGUCAGGAAAAGGCAUUACAGAUGUAUCCUUUUCUGCCAUCGGUGCCGGUGCAAUGGGUUUCUCGGAAAGGGAAUCUGUGACUUUGAUAUUCGAUAAUGUAAGCCGAAUGGCCCUUAGCAAAAAUCCAACUCUGAAUUUGGUUCGCAUCGUGAUAUUUGAGAAGGGAAAGUUUGAUCAAUUUAAAGAUGCAACGAAAACAUAUUUUUCAUCUGAACCAGACGCAAGACGCAAUCCAAAAAAAAGUUCUAAAAGUUUUAAUGUUUUUCGUUCGAAGAAAUUGGGUAAAUCAAAGAUUAAGGUAAAGGAUCCUGAAGCGAGUGGUUUGUCAGUCAAGAUAUUUUCCGAUGACAUGAAGUAUGUUGAAAGUGCUUGGUCAGACUUUUUAAAGAGAAUGGAAGAAAAUAUCGUAGAGCAUACCAUUUGUAACGAAACAAUCAAAAAAUUUGGCGAGAGUGAAAAGAAAAAAAUUCGUGAAGUAGAGCGUAACUUUGAUGUCACAAUUAAGGUAGACUUCACCAAAGGAGAGGCCUGUAUUAAUGGUCAUGUUACAGAUUUUCCUGAAAUUAACGACGCAUUGGGCAAUAUGUUUAAAGAAAUUGAAGAAAGAGAAAACAGCAAAGUUCCUGACUAUUGGGAAACACCUCCAGACGAUAAUGUAUAUCAUGCCUUCGAACUUCAACCUAAGAGUGAUGAAUAUAUGAAUGUGAAAAACGCAUUUGACAAGACCGCAAGCAACGAAAUAGUGAAGAUUGAAAGAAUACAAAA